AUGGCUUUGACUGGUGUAAAAGCCGCAUUGGAGGAUAGUUCACCACAUUCGUUUUUGUAUGUAUUCACCGAUGCUGGUGCUAAAGAUCGUCAGCUGACAGAUAAAGUUAGGAACUUGGCAGUCACAAAACAAUGUCAGAUUGUUUUUAUAAUAACUGGUACUUGUAAAGGGAAAGUUGAUAGUACAUAUUACACAUUAGCUAAAGCGACUAAUGGACAUGUUUUCAAAAGUAGUAAAGAUGACGUCAAAAAGGUCAGCACCGACCCUACAAUGGAUGAUUUACUUCUUGCCAUAAGUGGUGAUGAUGCUAAGUUUGAAGUAUCCAAGCCAGAUGGAAAGAAAGCUGACACAGAAACAAUUGUAGACGUACCUGAUUCAAAAGUGGUCAAAGUAAAUGUAACCGAACCUGGUGAAUAUGAAAUUACAGCUGGAAGCAAAUCGGAUACUUCUGUACUUGUUGAAACUGAUAGCAACUUGGACUUCUAUCAUGGUUUCUCAAUAACUAAACCUUUCUCUAUAGUAGGGACAUCUAUAUUGCCUUUGCCAGGUAUAAAAUCUUAUUUAGGUAUCAACGUUAUAUCACUUGAUGACAUUAAAUUGGAGAGUGUAGAAUUGUCGGAUCUGGAUGAUAAUUUUAUUAAAGAAUUACCUUUAGAGAGUUUAAGUGGCAAAGCAUUUUACUUUACUGAAAGUUUCUUACCGCCAAAUGGUCUAUUUAAAUUAACGAUAAACGGAUUACAUACUAAAACUAAUGCAAAAAUCCGAAGAACGAGCUCAACUCCCAUUGAAGUACAAAAUGUAGAAUUUGUUACAAAAGAAAAUAAGUCGCCAACAUUGGUUAUUGACAAAGGCCUUCAUAUUAUAGCGGAGUAUGGACAACCUUUAGUUAUAAGCUGUAAUGUUAACGCAUACCCAGCACCUAAUAUUACGUGGUAUGAUGCAGCGGACAAUAUUAUUGGAGAUAAAGUGAUAACCGUAGAAUUGCCCUAUAACUAUAAAAACAACAUAGAAAUUCUUAAAGUUGACAAAAAUACUACAUACAAAUGUGAAGCUAGUAAUUCUUAUGGGAAAUCACAGCAAAUAGUCAUGAUUGAAGCUAAACGGAAAUAUUAUUUUAAUGUGUCAGUACGUCCUACAGAUAUGAAAAUAGAACACAGAAAAAAUGAAAAAAUAUUUUGUAUUAUCGAUUCAUAUCCGCCAUCAACAAUUAUUUGGUACAAACAAGAUAAACAAGUGAAAGUUGAUGAUAAUAUAGAUAUAAUUGAAAAUGGUACUGCUCUAUACAUCAAACAAAUGAAACCUCAAUUGAAUGGAAUAUAUUCUUGCAAAGCACAAAACGGCGUCAACUCAACAGCAUUAUAUUUUAAAAUCAUCAUUGUCGGAGUUGCUCCCAAAGUGACAAUAACAGAUGAAGAUAAAAUACAAAUUAAGUAUAAUGAACCAAUAAAUUUAGAAUGCAAAGUGACUGGAUUUCCCGAGCCAAAAAUUAUUUGGAAAGAAAUAAAUACUGGCGAUGUUGUAUCAUCAACGACGUUACCCAGUGUCGACAAAGAAAAUGACUAUGUUAAUAUACUCCAUAUUAAUCAUAUCAAGAAGAAUUCUACUUACCAAUGUUUAGCAGAUAACGAUAAGGGUGAAGACAGUAAAAAUAUUAAAAUUGAAGUAAAAAUACACAUUGAUAUAAUAAACAAACCAAAAGAUUUAAAUAUCGAAUUUAAAAAAGAUGGCAGUGUGAAAUGUAAAGUAGAUGCUAAUCCACCAGCCACUCUAAAAUGGUACAAAAAUGGUUCAAGAUUACGAUCAGACGAUUAUCUCGAUGUGACGUACGCAAGUGAUGGAUCCAGCACACUAAUGAUUGCAGAAAUGAAACCUCAUUUAGUUGGCAACUAUACAUGUAAAGCAGAAAAUGAGUUUCAAUCAAAAGAACUAAAAUUCAGUAUUAUGAUUACUGGAGUUGCUCCAAAGACAUCAAUCGAAGGAACACCUAAAAUUAACGCAGAAUAUGAUAAAUCGCUUAAGAUACUUUGCAAAGCGUCUGGAUAUCCUGAACCAGACAUAGUAUGGAUAAAUAAUGAUACUGGUAAAGAAUUUCUUUCUACGCUUUUUCCAGUUGAUCCACCUUUUGAUUAUGGACACAUUUUACUAAUCGAUAAGGUGAAUAAAAAUGAAACAUUCAUAUGUAAAGCGAAGAACUCGCUUGGAGAACACAGUACUAAUAUUCAGGUAGAAACCGUGAAAAAAACAUUUUUUGACAUCUUAGAAGCACCUAAAGAUACUAAAAUUAAAUACAAAGAAAACGGCCAGGCGUUUUGCAAAGUAUCUGCUAAUCCAAAAGCAGAUAUAACAUGGUACAGAGAUGGCAAACCACUUAAAAAUAAUACAAAUAUACACAUAUCAUCUGAUCUUUCAGUACUCAGUAUAACAGAUAUGCAACCUGAAUUACAGGGACGCUUCACUUGUAGACCUAAAAAUAAAAAUAAUUCUACUCUCAUCCAUUUCAAUCUUCUAAUCACUGGUUUAACAUUACCGGUCAUCGACAAAUCUUUGUCUUUCAAAUUUUUAAAUGUCUUAGAAGGUUCUGAAGCCAGCAUUAAAUGUCUAAUACUCCGUGGUGAUCCAGUUCCGACUGUAACUUGGCGAUUCAGGCCGGAUGAUGAGACGAGAUUUACGGAACUGGAUGAAAACGGAACUGAAAUUAAUUAUGAAAAAGUUAGUCGGCAUCGUUCCGGUGUCUACAAAUGUGCAGCUACAAAUGCGGCAGGCUCGGACUAUUUCUCUAUUGCUUUGACUGUUGAAUAUGCACCCUCAAUAGCCAAAACGAAUAAAAAAUCUGUAACACUAAAACAAGGUGAUAAAAAUGAAAUCUUGAAAUGCGAAGUGAGAGGUAUUCCAAAACCGGACGUGGAAUGGCUGUUGAAUGAUACGCCUAUAAUUACUUCUGAAUAUCAGGUCUUCAAAGACAAUAGUAUUUCAUAUGCCGUGUCACCAGAUAUAUUGGUCAUCACAUCAGCAGCAUUCGAAAGAGCUGGCUACUAUAUAUGCCAUGCUAGUAAUGGGAGAACUUCAGCUAAUAUGACCUAUGAGGUCAUCGUCUCUGCUCCCCCUAAAAUUGUAGAAACUUCUAGUAUUUUGUCGGCAGAAGAAAGAAGUUCAGAUACAUCAAUAACUCCAAUGAUCACAUUGACGGCAGUAAAAGGAGAUUUGGUUUUGAGGUUACCAUGUAAGGCGACAGGAUGGCCUAUUCCUGAAAUACGAUGGACCCAGAAUGAUUAUCUCAUUGCAUCAGGUACAGAAUGGUAUGACAUUGCCGAUGAUGGUACUCUUAUGAUAAAGAAUGUAAACGAAGGAGGCGAGUAUACAUGUACAGCGGUUAAUAAGCUUGGCUCCGAUGUGGUUUCAUACAAUAUUAUUCUGGAUGAGGCUGCAACACCAGAGACACCUUCGCGCACGCUAUCACUGAAUAAUGGCGACACGGUCGCAGUAAUGUGCGACUUGCCACAUCUACCUGUUGAUCAGCUGAGGUGGUAUAAGGAUGGAAAAUUGUUAGUGAAUGGUGAACUCAGACUUACAAACGUUAGUUGGUUAGAUGAAGGUCUGUACACUUGUCGAGUAAGCACACUAGCUGGCUCACAUUCAAGCACUGUUGAUAUCAAAGUUAAUUUAUAA